AUGCUUUCCAACCCCGACGACGAAUUGUGGAGCUUGAACACGCCUAGCCUCGAAGCUGCUACGGAGAGCUCGCGCGAGAGCGAGCUGGAGACGUCGGCCUCUGAGUACUCCAUCCCAUCCAGCAUGCCUAGCCUUCUGCCACCUUCGGAGGGGCCGUACGUCGAGAGCGAGGCUCACUGCGAGCUCACCGAGGAAGGAGAACUUGAAGAGCCUGCCGCAGGGAACAAUGCAGCCGAGUUCCUGGAUGGCGUAGACGCGCAGGGUUCUGGCGUAGAGCGUUUAGAGGUUGAUGGAGGCGAGCCUGGUCCUCGCGAGGACAACGCAGAGGCCCAACGCAUGAUGAGACUCACGGUCUGGCUCGACGCCACCGCAAGACUGCGCGAAAGAGCGAGCAGUCCGGUGAACUGGUCUGCCCAGCAGCAGCCGGCGGACGGCGCUGACCCGAGUGGCGCAGACCGCUGGCAAGUCCGAACGCACCCUACUCAUGACGAAGGGCAAUCCCAUUAA